AUGCCUGCGGAGAAGGCUGCAGCAGUCGACGAUGGACAGGCGGCUCCAGACCUCGAAAUCGUCGGGGAUAAGGUGACCAUUCAUCCCACUGGUUUCACGGGAGGGCCGGGGAUUCAUGACGGGACGAUCACGGAGCGGAAUCUGGUCCAUCAUAUGGCUCGGUUUCGGGAGAAUCCGUUCGACUUCUUACGGGAAGUGAGCCUGUAUAUGUCCGGAACUGGCUGGCGGGCAUACGACGACGUGAUCGGACAGCCAAUUUUCUACGCUGGGUUUUCGGAACGGAUGAAGACCAUGAUCUUGGCCAGCCCGAUUCUUCAGAGCAAGGUCACCGAACUCGCAGAGAAACGGCUUGCUGUAGAAGAGAAGGAAGGGUUGCUCAGGGCACGAAACGGGUCACUGGACGAGGCUAGGUCCAAACGCCGGAGAGAAAUGGAAGGGAAUUUGAGGGAGGUCGUGGAAACGAUGAUGGACAGCAUGAUCUGCAAGAUGGAAAGCAAGAGGUUCAUUCGCACGGCCUACUAUCUAUGCACGCAGCUUCUUACAAGAGCAUACCACCAAGGCAUCCAUGUGUCGAGCGAGGAGGUUCUGCGAUUACGAUCGGUGGCUGAAGAGGCAGCGCGGAAAAAACAAUCUAUUGUGUUUCUGCCAUGUCACAAGUCCCAUGUGGACUACGUCUCACUGCAGUUGAUUUGCUAUCGCCUAGGCAUUGGUUUGCCAAUAGUCGUUGCAGGAGAUAACUUGAAUAUUCCUCUACUGGGGCCGUUCUUGCAGCAUGCAGGUGCUAUGUGGAUUCGAAGAAGCUUCGGAAACGAUCCGUUGUAUAUCACGGUCGUGCAGGCCUACAUCGAUACGCUGUUGCAGCAGGGCUUUAACUUUGAAUGCUUCAUUGAAGGUGGCCGGUCGAGAACUGGAAAGCUCCUAUCCCCGAAGUUUGGUAUCCUCAGCUUCAUUGUGGAGAGUGUGCUCUCGGGUCGGGUUCAGGAUACUAUCAUCUGUCCUGUAAGCACACAGUAUGACAAGGUGAUCGAGACUGAGUCUUAUAUCAGUGAACUCCUCGGACAACCAAAACGAAAGGAGAAUCUGGCAGACUUGGUUUCAUCUUCUUCUGUUCUCUCGCUCAAGCUUGGCCGGGUAGAUGUUCGUUUCCACGAGCCAUGGAGCCUGAGAGAUUUCCUUUCCCAGCAGCUCACUCGCCUUCAACCCGAUCUCGGCUCGAACCCGAGCCAGCAUCUAACGCAGGCAGAAAGAGGCAAGAUUCUGAGGACAUUGGGAUAUCGCGUACUAUCAGAAAUCAAUGACGUGGCUGUCAUGAUGCCCACGGCACUCGUGGGCACGGUGCUUCUGACGCUUCGUGGCCGUGGCGUAGGCAAAGCAGAGCUCGUCCGUCGAGUCGAUUGGCUCUGCGAAAGGGUCAGAGCCAAAGGCGGACGAGUCGCGCAUUUCUAUCGUGCCCCAACCGAGACAGUGGUUGAUCGCGCCCUGGAUGUGAUGGGCCCCAAAUUGGUUGGUGAGGUACCCGGUCUAGCAGAGCCGACAUACUAUGCUGUGGAUCGCUUUCAGCUCUCCUUCUACCGCAACAUGACCAUCCACCUGUUCAUCACGGAGGCAUUGGUAUCCGCCGCAAUGUAUACGCGAGUCAAGCAAGGCGGCGGCCCUGCCCACCAACGCAUGACAUACGAGGCCCUACUAAGCCAGGUCUCGUUCUUAUCACAGCUUUUCCGUGGCGAGUUCAUCUUCCCUCCCGAGGGUUUGACUACGAACCUGGAGAAUACCUUGCGCGAUCUGGAGCGCGACAAUGUGAUACUCGUCACCCGCAACUUUUCUGGGACUCCACUCACUGUGGAGCUGAGUGAUGCAGAGCGCCAGUGUGGACGUGAGAACUACGAUUUCUACUGCUUCCUGAUCUGGCCAUUCAUCGAGGCUUGCUGGCUCGGUGCAGUCUCUCUCCUAGGACUCACCCCUCCAUUGAACGGCCACCAAGAGGUCUGGAUUGACAUGAAGAAGGCACAAGAUAGCGCGCAACUACUUGGUAAGACCCUUUACCACCAAGGGGAUCUGUCUUAUUUCGAGGCUGUGAACAAGGAGACUCUCAAGAAUUCCUUCCAGAGAUUCCAGGAAGAAGGAAUCAUACUUGUUGCCAAGGCCACCAUCCGGCUGGCUCCAGAAUGGACCCUUGAGCGCGACUCUGAGAGUGGCAGGCUGCUUCCACGUGGCCGUCUAUGGGACUUUGUGGAGCUGAUCGCGCAGUCAAGACGUGAAGGGAAAAAUCGCCGCGAUGGAGCAACUGUGUCAUCGCGUGUGCUGACCAUGACCGACUCUGUCGGCCGAAAGCUCUUCGACGGCGCCACAAGCCCUGGCCCAGGCACGCUGGAAGAGGUAUCAGACGUCUCAUCCCCGAAAAUGCGCAGGAAGGCGAUAGGGACCGAGGCAAGGCUCUAG